UUGCGCCGCGCGAGCAGGAUGUCGGAACCGUCCUACCGGCGGGUCGUGGUCCACGCCCGUCGCGACCGCAGCCGCCCCUUCCAGCCUGCGACGUUCGACCAGUGCCUCCUCGACCACUUCGGGAUCAACGACGACUUCGGGAAGCUGGAGUGUUACAUCGCCGACGGGAUCGUGUACCUGCAGCCUCCUCCGAAGUCCCCGUCGGCUGGUUCCUCCUCCUCUUCGUCGUCACAGGAGAACCGAAGGAAGGAUAUACCGAAUAAUCUGGCGUAUCGGUUCCAGCACCCGCCCUUCUGCGCUAUCCACAAGAUGACGCCCGCAAUGAGACAGGAUCUGCCGCCCGAAGUAAAAGACAGGGGCGUCGACGUGGGCGUGUGCAUCAUCCUGGAGAGCGGAGAUGGGCGACUUCUGCUCACCCGCCGCGCCCCCCACAUGAGGACUUUCCCUGGCGUGUGGGUUCCUCCGGGCGGCCAUGUGGAGGAAAGAGAGACCCUAGUGGGCGCUGGCUUAAGGGAACUUCGGGAGGAGACUGGCCUUAGACCCGAGGGCGUGUGUCGAGUCCUAGGGCUGUGGGAAAGCGUGUACCCGCCCGUGUUGUAUAUGGGCGAGCCACGUCGACACCAUCUCGUGAUUUACUUGCAUCUAAAGUGUGAUUUGUGUACGGACGACCUACAGCGCCUGCUCAAGCUACAACAUCAGGAAGUAGAUGCCUGUGUGUGGUUAACGAGAGAACUGGUGGAGGUCGUGGUUUACGGCUCGUCACGUCGUCCUAGUGAACCCAUUCCUAUAACCUUAGUCAACACGACAGGAGUUCACACCAUUGGUCGCCUGAAUCCACGGGCCCUAAGAAAGAAGAUGCCAGAGCCGGGGUUCGAGGUAGAGAGACUGACCACUGGAACCCGCUACGCCCUGAAGCUCUGGCUACAGAAUCAGAUCAGCACCGAGCAGCCUUCGUCGACGUCCUCGGCAGUUCUUCAAGCCAACCCCCCGAGCACCUCCUCCACCUUCUGGAGCGAGAGGUCGAGUGACGAGUUAGACUCGACCCUCGGCUCGACACGGAGGAGCAGCGCCAGUGACUCGACGGACCACGACUACGAAAUCUGGAGGCAAGCAGAAGGCGCUGACGACGAGGAGGCAGAGGCAGCUAGUUCUUAUCGAGAGUCGGAUUCCCUGGACGGCUGGAAAGCUGGGGAUCUCGACCUGAAGUCCCUGAGGGAGCACCUCGGGCGGGAAGGAUUGCAAAAGCAGGACGGCAAUCUGGAGCAAUCCAUAGCCAGGAUAAAUCUGCAGAGUCCGGAGACCCUGAUGUCGGAAGUUGCCAGGAAUUAACUGGCUGCGUUUGUGUGUGUUUGUCGUUUUUUCUUCUUCUUCUUCUUCUUCUUCUCCUUUUCCCUUCUUACCUUCUUUGGAUCAUGCGGAAACAGAUCGCUAGGGUUCAUUAUUAAACUUUCUAAGCUAAGCCAUUUUAUAAAGUAGUCACAAAGGAGUACAUAUAUUUAUUCAGACAUUGUAUACCGCAUGAUACAAAAGAAAAAACACGUAUUGCUACUGUCUGCUCACAUACCAAGGAAAAUACAUACGUAAUAAUAUUCCUUGGCAUGCGAAAGACAGCAAAAACACACAUUGUAAGUGUUAUAUGUCCCUUGCAUUAUCAAAGGCAUAAGGACCGACCUCGUAUCGGUUUAAUAUUACUGUGAUAACGAAGGUAUUGUACUCAUAGUGUAUUAGGUCCUGUAGGUGAUUAGGUUCAAUACUAUUCUGAUCAAUAGUAGCUGAGUGUUACAUGCCUUCUGCUUUAAUUUAAGCUUCUCUUGUACAUAUAUAUGUAUAAUUUGAACAUAUAUGCAUUAAUUCAUUUUUGUUUUGUAAAUGUACAUACUUUGUUUCAUAUUUAGAACACGCAUGAAGGACUAGGCAUGUAUAUACAGCACCAUGCAAAGUUUGAGUGAGAGAUGCAUAACUUCUCGAAAACAAAAUUUAUUUUUAUUAACCUAUUAUUUCAUACACUGUAAUUUAUAGCUCUGUUAUGCAAAAAUAUAGCAGUAUAGUGUGUUUUUACAUAUCAAGUACAAGGGUGACAGACAUAGCACAAGACUGAAGUGUUAUCUCACGCUGUGUAUAUAUACUGUGUAUAUAUUUAUGCAUAUGGAUAUUUUGUGUAUGUAUGUAUAUGUG